GACGACUGCGAGGGCCGCGGUGGCGUGUGGCACGGGGCGCGCCAGUGCGGCAGCAUGCCCUACGCGGGCUGCUCCCCAGAAGAGCCCGGCGACGCGGUGCAGCAGGCGCGGCCGCCGACCUGCUCGUCCAUGGAGGAGUGCCAGUGCGACGCGGCGUACCCGAUGGUGGCCUACAAGCGGGCCGCCGCUACGGGCGGCAGCGCCGGCCAGGUGACGUGGUCCUGCCUUCCGACCCCGCCGACUCUGCUGAACUCGUCCGGCUGCGGCGCGAUCGGCGGCUGGCACGCUGGAAGCGCUCCCGGAUCGAUCGGCGUCUACGUGAACCCCAACUUCCGGGGCGCCGCCCCCCUGCCCGUCUCCAACGGCCAG